AUAUCCAUCAUUUCCUUCUGUAUCACUUUUUAGUGGUGUCCGUAUAAGCUAUUUAAGAAUCACCUCAUCCAGUUUACCUGGUUAGUCUGCUUUGGUUUUGUAAUACUGCAAUGAGCACUGGUAUUAAAUAUCUCUGAGCUGGAACUACAAAAGAGACCGCAGAAGCAUCCAUUGUUUUCAUAAUAGGCACCUUCACCGUUUCUCUCCAGGGAUUCCUGACAUUAGAGACUCUUUCAGACCUAGCUAAUUGAAGAGCCAGAAAAGUACCUGUAAUUCUCAAACAAAUCGGUAUAUUGUUGGGGCUUGUGACCGUCUCUCUGUCUUGUGUAUUUUGCCGUGUUCAGUCAGACGUGAGCUUGUGUAUAAAGAGCAACAGUGGAAGACUGUUGAAGCAAAGCAGGACAGAGGACAAACUCUUAAUGGUGUUUCCAAUAGGAAUGGUUUGGCUACCCGGAAAGUCAGGCUUGCUGAAUGUUUUGAUCCUGACCACAUUUUGUAGGAACUAUUAGACAACAUUCUACGUUCAACCAAAUGUUCAUACCUAGGACUUGAAAGAAAGAAAAAAAAAAAGCAUGAAAAACUUUUCUCAAGGUCAGAUAAUUGUACCUCUUGUGGAACGUCUGUUGGAAUGAUGGGGGAUAACGAAGACAUUGCUAUUGUUGGAGUUGGAUGCCGUUUCCCUGGAGGUGAGGGGCUUGACAAUUUCUGGCAAGUUCUAUCGGAGGGGAAGAACUGUGUAUCAGACAUUCCUGUGGAGAGGUUUGACAGCACUUUCUGGUAUGAUCCUGAUCACAACAAACCUGGGAAGACACAAACCACAAAAGCUGCUUUCAUUGACGGAUUCAAUGAGUUUGACCACAAGUUCUUUGGCAUCGCCGAGGCCGAGGCGGACUUCAUGGACCCGCAGCACAAGCUCCUACUGCAGUGUACGUUCAGAGCGUUGGAGGACGCCGGCGUGCCGAUGGAGAAAAUCAGCGGAAGCAGGACAGGUGUUUACAUAGGUCUUAUGAAUAGGGACUAUGAGACCCUGCUGAACAACAGUCCAAGCACCAUAACCCACUACAACGGCACUGGAACGGCUAUGAGUGUGGCAGCCAACAGGAUAUCAUUCACCUUCAAUCUCACCGGGCCCUCGUUCGCCAUAGACAGUGCAUGUUCCUCUUCCCUAGUGGCUCUCCACUCUGCCUGUCAGGCCCUCAAGCAAGGGGACUGCGAAAUGGCUCUGUGUGGCGGCGUGAGCUGCAUCAUGGAGCCGCGAGUCUUUGUCGCCCUCAGCAAAGCGAAGAUGAUUUCGCCUGAAGGCACUAGCAAGCCUUUCUCCAGCAGAGCAGAUGGCUAUGGCAGAGGAGAGGGUUGUGGGAUUGUUCUGCUGAAGCCACUGAAGAACGCUCUGAGGGACUAUGACAAAGUAUGGGGCAUAGUAAGGAAAACUUGUGUAAACCAAGAUGGCCGCACUGUCACUCCAAUCACCAAGCCGUCCAUGGUCCAGCAGGAAGAGUUGCUUCGCAGAAUCUAUUCAGAAUCUGACCUGUCAGCUGUCCAGUACAUAGAGGCUCAUGGGACUGGAACUCCAGUGGGGGAUCCCAUAGAAGCUGGCAGCAUCUCCAAAGCGAUCGCCAAAGCCAGACCUCCAGGUUUAGAGACACUCCGCAUCGGCUCUGUGAAAGGCAACAUCGGUCACACAGAAUCUGCAGCUGGAGUGGCAGGGCUCAUCAAGGUACUCCUAAUGAUGAAGCAUGAAACCAUUGUCCCUUCACUCUUCUAUUCUGAGGACAGUGCCAGUAUUGAUGCUAAAGCCUUAAAUAUUAAGGUUCCCACAAAAGCAGAAAAGUGGGAGAAAGUACCCACAGCAAGGCUAGCUGGUGUUAACAGCUUUGGGUUUGGAGGAACAAACGCCCAUGCGAUAAUAAAGGAGUAUGUGCAAGCCAAUAACAACAGGUUGACCACGCAUGAUUGUCCCAAAUUGUUUGUUUUGUCUGCAGUCUCUGAAAAGUCAUUGGCAUUGUCUAUUGCAGACACUCAACAAAUGCUAAGCAGAGAUAAACAAACUGACAUAGUCACUUUGAUGUUUACCUCAGCAUGUAGGAGGAGCCAUUUAAGACACAAGUACAGGAAAGCCUUUCUAACAUCUUCUGUCCUUGACUUAGAGAAUCAACUAAAGUCUGCCAUGAACAAAAAGCUUGAGCCAUCACGAUCAGCUAACCGGUUGAUAUAUGUGUUCUGUGGGAAUGGAGUGACCUACAGUGGAAUGUGUAAGCAGCUUCUAAAACAGGAGCCAGUUUUCAGAGAAAAGGUCAGAGAGGUUGAGAAUCUCUUUCAGAAUUACAAAAGUACAAGUAUCUCACAAAAGAUAACAAACGAUUACGACAAUGAUGAUUAUGCCAAACCAGAUGUUGUCCAGCCCCUUCUCUUUGCCAUCCAGAUUGGCAUUGCCAGUCUUUUCCUGCACUGGGGCAUCAAACCUGAUGCCAUUCUGGGUCACUCUGUCGGGGAAGUGGCUGCUGCCCACUUUUCAGGUCUCUUGUCACUUGAGGAUGCAGUGAAGGUGAUAUACUUCCGCAGUACUCUGCAGAGUAAGGUCACAGGAGGGAAAAUGCUUGUGGUCAGUAACAUGGCAGUGACAGAGGUCUUAAGCCUCCUUUCCUCCUAUUCAAAUAAGGUUUGCCUUGCAGCCUUCAACAGUCCACAGUCCUGUACCCUCUCAGGUGAUGCAGAGGCUAUAGACAAUCUCCAUCAAAAGCUAAGCAACUCUGUCGUGAGUAAAAAUCUGUUCCUCCGUGUCCUGGAUGUACCCACUGCAUAUCACAGCCAGAUGAUGGAUCCCAUAGUGGACCAUCUUGAGAAAUGUAUUGGUUCUUUAGAAAUUAACAAAAUGGAGUGUGAUCUUUUCUCAACUGUCACCGGAAACAUGUGCAGCGAUGGAGACUUUGUCACCGGGAGAUAUUGGGCAAAUAAUAUCAGGAAGCCAGUUUCAUUUGAGCGCACAAUGAAAGCAGCAACCAAAGGCCAGAAGCAUGUUGUCAUUGUGGAAAUAAGCCCUAGAACGGCACUACGAAGGAACAUCCAGGAGACUCUGGGAAAUGACACUACAGUUUUGUCAUCAGUGGAGCCAGAGAAAGACACUGAGACGAUGCUAACCACUGUGUCCAAGCUGUUUGAGCUGGGGGUCAAUGUAAACUGGGACACACUCUACAGAGGCUGUGAGGCAUUCCCAACCUCUCUCCCAAGAUAUCAGUUUGAUCAUCUGACAAAAGAGGUGUAUUUCGAGGCUGUGAGACGAGGGCAAGAAAAGAUGGCUUCAUCUCAUCACCCACUGGUAACUCAGACAAAACACGAAAGCAAGGAACACAAAUGCAACCUCUCAUCAGAUGCAGCACUGUAUCUUUGGGAGCACAGAAACAAUGGAGUCGCCAUUGCUCCAGGUUCACUGUACGUAGAACUGGCUUUGGCAUCAGUCAUGGCGAGUUCAAGACCAAAGAUGUCUAUUUGCUCGAUGCAGCUGAGUGUACAUUUUCAGAGCUUGUUUACACUCAGCUCAAACUCUCACAAUUUGAAAGUGGUGCUGGAGGCGGCAGAGAAUACAACCACAUUUCGGAUACAGUCUCACUCAGCAACACACGCUUCAGGAACAGUUCGCUGUCGAAGUGGGCAAACAUUGGUCGAGGAAGAAACCAUUUGCCCAGAUGUCAUUUUCAAGAGAUGCAAAUCUGUCAUCGGUGGGGAGAAGGUCUAUUCAAUCCUCUCCCGUGCAGCUUUCGAGUAUGGUCGUGUUUUCAGGCAGCUACAAGAUGUGCAUUUUGGCGAUGAAUUCAAGGAGGCUGUGACAGCAAUUAAGGUCCCCAGUGAGGUGGUGAAACAGCUUCAUGAGUACUUCCUUCACCCAGUGGUGUUGGACUACUUCCUGCAGCUGACCGCUGUGGUGGCUGUUGGAGGACUACGUACACGGCAGGGAUUCCCGUCUUCCAUUGGCAGUGUGGCAAUAACGGCAUCUCUGCAGGAAGACAUGGUUAUUUAUCUAAGAGCAAUGCAAGAGACCUCAGACUACUUGGACGUAUGUGGUUGCUUUUCCAAUAUGGACGGACAGGUGUUAGUGGAACUAAGGCAUGUAAGGAUCUCGUUUUUAGGAAAUUGCUCACACAUUGCCGAGUCAUUAUUCUUUCACAAUGAACUUCUCCCGAUCACUGACAACAGCCACAGUGUAAGCCGCAAACCUAAAGCCUUGAUCUUUGAGGACACGCUGGGAAUUGCAAAAGCAUUGAGGCCAUAUGUACACCAAACGUCAACUUUUUUCUUGAACAGAGAGUAUGGGUCCAGCACACAAGUUAGAGACUUAGUAUCUUAUUCUCUUCAAGGUGACGCGGGUAUAGAUUUACAAGAGGUGCUGUUCAUAUGGGGUGUACAAGACCUUACUCAUCUGACAACAGACAUGGCGUUGGAAUUCUUGGUCGAUUGCUGUGAGCACUAUCGGCAGCUGGUUCUUGCCCUGAAAGACAACAAGUGUUCCUGCAUUAUCCGUGUCAUUACCUACCGUUCAACAGGAAUGACUGUGGACCAUGUUAGUCCUGGUUUUGUGCUGUCUGGCAUGACAAGGGCAUGUGCUGCAGAGAUACCAGGCCUCUCCUUUCAGCUGAUUGACCUUGCUUCUAUUUCAAGUGAAGACAUUCAGGCAUUGGUUCAUGUUCUGAACACUAGCGAGCAUCCAGAAGUCAUGAUCACCAAGGGACAGAUAUAUUCAACAGUCAUAGUUCGCACCCCGGUAAAAGGGAUGACCAACCCUGAGGGAACUGUCCGUGGGUCUGGGCAGUUUACCCUUCAGACUGCUGACCCUUACAGAGUGACUGGCCUGUCUGCCAUUUCCUGUGAAGUUGAGAAAAAGGACAUCCAGGGGAAAUCAGUUGAGAUUGAGCUCAGUAAGAUUUGUGUUCAUUCCUCAGACUUCUACCCUGUUAGCGUCUCUGAUCUUAACUUUGGUCAGACAUUGUACUGGAACCAACAUGCAUCUCAGAGCCACCAGCUUUUGGCCCUUGACUUUAGUGGCACUGUCACAGCUGUAGGGGAAGAGGUAAGCACACUGAACGUUGGAGACCAUGUAGUUUCAUGUUAUCCUGUCAGGGCCACGUCUAAAAUCACAAUCCCUGAAGAUGCUUGUUACAACACGAAGAGGCUGCAAUUUCUUAUUGAGGCUCCUUGUGUGUCCUACUUUGUGCUGGCUUGGGAAAUAUUGCACAGAAUGUUACCAAGGGUGAAACGACAAAGACUUUUGGGUAUCAUGUCUUCUGUCCCUGAUUCUGGUCUUCUGAAGGUCUUGACGCAAACUGCAAUCAAAUCAGGAUGGAAUGCAAUUUUUCUGCCACAGUUGCCUCAACAACUACUAAAUAUUGAUCAUUGUGAUACAUUUGUUGUGUUGCCUCCAUUUGAUCCAUCUCUACUGGUUACACUAGGUAGUAAAACCAAAGCCAAGCAUAUUGUUGUAGUCUGUGACAACCAGUCCUCAUUGCACUCAGCAAAUAACAUUGUGCAUGAGAGUGAUCAUGUACACAUUCAAAUGCUUCAUGUGUCAAAUGUUUUCCAGAGAGCCAAUCUAAAGGCACAUAAAAAUAAGAUCUGCAAUUGGCUGAGGUCAUUAAAUUUGGAUGGGUUGUUGCAAUCUUUGCAAAGCACCACCUUUCAAUCGACAGAUAUGAGAGAACCUCAUCUCACUCCACACUUUGAGUCCUACUUCAGAGCUAAAGCUGUGUCUCAGGUUAUUUUGGGUCAUGCAGAUUCUGAAAAGUCAGUGUCUGAUAUCACUUUAGUAAUGAGACCAAGGCAACUCUUUAAGAAGAGGUGUGUGUACCUUGUGACAGGAGGGCUCUCAGGUUUGGGUCUUGAGACUGUGAAGUUCAUUGCUCACAGGGGUGGUGGAUGCAUUGUGACACUGUCCAGAAGUCCUCUGUCGGCUGAGAUGCAGUUUGAGGUGGACACCAUUCAGAAGACAUGUGGGGUGUCAAUCAUGAAUGUCCAGUGUGACGUGUCUUUGUCGGCGCAGGUUGUGAACGCAAUCACUGCAAUUGUACAGCGUUUUCCCUCCUGUCAAAUUAAAGGAGUGUUUCACAGCGCAGCUGUGUUGCAUGACGCUUUGAUCGAAACACUUGAUCGAUCACACUUUAGUGAAGUCCUUCGACCCAAAGUGAAUGGGGUAUUGAAUCUUCACUAUGCCACACUGCACAACAAAUUGGAUUACUUUGUGUGCUACUCCUCCAUCUCUUCUUUCAUUGGCAAUGCUUCGCAGUCAAACUAUGCAGCGGCCAAUUCUUUCCUGGACACGUUCUGUCAUUAUCGGCAGAACCUCGGACUUGCCGCACAGUCCAUUAACUGGGGGCCUUUAAACCUCGGACUCUUGUUGAACAAAGACAAUUUCCAAAGGUUCCUUGAGGCCAAGGGCCUGAUGAUAAUGGAUGUGUCAGAAGUCCACGAGGCCCUUGAUAAGUGUUUGUGCAUGACCAAACCACAGCAAGUCAUUUGCAAAUUCAACUUCAGAAAUCUGAGCAGCCACGUUCUCUCACAAAACGCAUCUCUCAGAGGAAGGCUAACUGCCUUGGUCGAGCAAGAACUUGACAACAUUAACAUUACAGAACCAAGGGUCCAAAACCUUUCCCUGGCACAUGAGAACGUCAGGGCAAUUCUAAGUGAAAUCAGUAAUGUUAGCAUAGAUGAGGUUUGUGAUCACACUGCCCUGUGCGUACUGGGUAUUGACUCAAUGUUGGCUAUGACUUUGCAGAAUCACAUCUUCCAGGAGACCGGUGUCAAUGUUCCUCUUGUUAAACUACUGGAUCCAAAUACCACACUUUCUACAUUGGUAGCAGUUCUGAAAGAGAGUGGGUGAGCCAAUUUAAGAGUGUAGCAAUAUGUAUGGAUAAUUCCAAUGUCUAACACCAUUUCCUUGUUACAUUUCAUUUCAUUUUAAUGGGUUCUAUGUUAACAUUUUGUGACAUUGAGGUGUUUUCUUAGAGUGUGGCUUAAUGUCUUAGCAGUAAAAAUACCUUUCCUCCAU